UGAUUCAACGAGGACAAACUUGUUAUUAUCUCCAAGUUUGUGGUUACUUUCCUUCCCGAACUUACCUACUCCCCAUUCCAAGGUAGAACUCAGAAAUCAGAACUCAGGAUUGUAAGCUAAAAUGGGAAAGGACUCGAAGGCAAAAGACGCUGGAGCGAAGGGAAAGGGUAAGGGAAAGCAGGCAGGGGGUGGGAGUGAUGAAAAUGCUUCCAAGGGGAAAGGAAAAUCUGGAAAGGCUUCAGAUGGGCUCGGCACUUGCACUUAUGUCAAAGCGAGGCAUAUAUUAUGUGAGAAGCAAGGCAAGAUCAAUGAGGCAUACCAGAAGUUGCAGGAUGGUUGGCUAAGCAAUGGUGACAAGGUUCCUCCAGCUGAGUUUGCAAAGUUGGCUUCCGAGUACUCAGAGUGUCCAUCAGGAAAGAAAGGCGGAGACCUUGGAUGGUUCCCUCGAGGAAAGAUGGCGGGUCCCUUUCAAGAUGUGGCAUUUGCCACUCAAAUUGGAGCUACAAGUGCACCAUUCAAGUCAACACAUGGGUAUCACGUAAUAUUGUGUGAAGGGAGGAAGAAUUAAUCGAGCUGCCUUUCUGAUGGAGAAGUCUUGGACCAGUGGCUUGUGCGAUAUUAAAUUUGUGUUUAGACACUUUUUGUUGCUGUGAACAUAAUGGCUCUUUCGCUUUUUCUGUGACUAAUGAAAUGAAUUUAUUAAGAUGAAGAAGACGGGUCAUUCUCUGUCCACUUGCCGGCCUGAAGCCCAGCCAGAGGUGAUGAGUGGACAGGUAGAACCCAAAAGUAUUAUUGCGGAUACGAUAUCUAGUGAUUUUGUGACAUAUCAA